AUGAAGAAUUUGUUAAUCCUGGCCUUACUCUACAUCGUCAUUCAUGCUGCAUUUGGCGAAGUACUCGACGAAAAGUUGCCCUAUAAAGGAUUGAAGCCCAAAAGUUGCUUAGAGAUCAAAUAUAUCAACCCGAAUAUCAAUACAAACGGCAUUUACAUUAUAUACGAUAGUAAAAAUGCUGCCUAUCAUGCUUAUUGCGAUUUCAAAAGUGAUGCUCCAUUUGUAUGGACUCUAAUCGAAUCAUUUGAUCGUAAUAUUGGUGUUUAUGGCUCCAAGCUUCCGAACGCCUGGCGUUUCCAACGUAGCUAUACUGUCAAUGCUCCAUACAAUGAAAACAAUCCUGCACAUUGGUCAGCUUUUAGAAUGUCAUUAGCAAACAUGCGAACUAUUAAUUCAAUUAACACUACAACUCAUUGGAGAGCAACCUGUAACUUUAACGAAUAUGCUCAGAAUCUAACUAAAGAUAUCGAACGUAAUGACUAUAUGCGAAAUAAUAUCUGUGACCUCAAUAUAGUCUACUUGUAUUCAUUUGGUUGCCAUCAAUUUGACUAUGUGAUUGUCCGAGGCAAUGCUUGUGUCAGGUGUUAUUUCCCGUUCUGGGCAUCCACUAGUUAUCAUCCGACAUUUUUAGCGUCCCAUACGACUAAGUAUUGUGGACGUUAUAAAUUUCCUGGUGCUGUUCCAUCGCAUCAAGAAUCAGACUUUGGUCACUAUAAUGGUUACAGUACUAAGCAUACAUGCUCUUCUUAUGGAUCAUCGACAGCAAACUGGUGGUUGGGAGGUCUUUAUGAACCUCAAACCCACACCAUGUUGUAA